AAAGGAUGUUCAGUGAACAUCGGAAUGUGGGCAUCGCAAAAGAAAAGGCGUUACCUUUACAUUUGCUACAUGCUGGAGGACACCGUGGUGGACAUAAAAGAGGUGUAAUUUCCUGGCCUGUGAGCCCUGAUCAACUUACCUUCCUACCAGCAUCUUCCCCGGACUUGUACAUUGCUUCUCUUUCUUUAAAGGGUGGUCGAUCAACGACGUAUACCCCAAAAUGAAGUUUUCAGUGGCAACAGCAGCUGCAGCCUUUGUGUUUGCACUGGGUGGUGUUGCAAUGCCUGCUGCCGGUCUGACUGAGAAGAGCGUUUCUCUGAUUUCUAAGAACGCCUGCUCGCGUGACUGCAUGACAACCAUUGUCGACCAGGUUCUUGCAUCUAUGCUGUUGCAUAAUCCCGAAAUUUUGCCUCUUGCACCCACCUACUAUGCAACCGAGAAUUCCCACCCGACAGCUUUGGGUAUGAUGACUCUCUGGCGGACCGUCACAAGCGCAGGCUCGCCUACCUUGCUAGCAAUUGAUACUAUCAAUGGCUCAGCGUAUUUCUCGCUCGACGUCACCGAAGGAAGUGAGACGAAGAAAUCCGUUUUAUGGGCUCGGAUCAAAGUUGUUGACAGACAAAUCACCCAGCUAGAGCUAUACGUGAACCGCUCCCGUGGUGACCACGGGUUCUCUUUCUCCGCAGUGGAGCUGCCCAGGAAUUAUGAGCGGUGGAUGUCGCCACCAGCCGAUCGUCAGAAGGCGACUCGCGCGGUGUUGGAAAGUCUCAGCGCCGCGACCUUCAACCCAAAUGACACGCUAUCGGUUGCCGUCGCGGAGGAGUGCCAAUUCACCGAAGAAGGCUGGAGUGUCAUCGACCCUGGCCCAGAUGGAGAUGGCUCGACUACUCCCCUGGGAUGUAGCUGGAGACAUGAUCGACCUGCUGAUGCGGAUGCACGGCUCAACCUGGUCAUUGACGAGCAGUACGGUAUCGUUGUUACUGGUGCCAUCAUUCCAGGCAAGAUCUACCCCUAUGGGGAAAUUUCUGCCUUCAUCCCGAACGAUAUGAAAGAGGCACAGGCGCAGCAGGACAAGUGGUUGGCGAAAAAGCAAGCUUCAGGCAACAUGUCGCUGUUGGCUCCUACCGCAGCCACGGGUGAAACCCUCCAGGUCCUUCAAUUCUAUAACGGUAAGCUACAAGGCCAGCAGGUCAUGCUCUACCUGAGUGGUCCGGACAUGCAAUCAGCCUGGUCUUGA